AUGCAGUCAGAUGACCUCUUCAUCCGCAAGUUUCGCCGUCAGACUGUGCGGCCGCCUGUUGCCACAGUCAACUUUGACCCCAAACGGGAAGGAGGUCCGUGUGGGGCUGAACCUACGGUCGGUUGGCAGGGGUCACAUUAUGCAGAGAAGCAACAGCGAUGUAACCUUAGGAGAUUUGGAUUCUUCUGGAAGUCGGGGGGGGGGAAAGCAGUCGGGGAGAAGGUGGGUUCAGGGGCUCAGGGGGACUCAGGCGUCCUGCUUCAUAGGGAGUAUGGUAGUCUGUCGUCUUUGGAGAGACAGACUCAAGCCCAGGAACAAAGUGCAGAUGACCAUGGGACACUGAGUCCAAGCGCCCUCCGUUUCAAAGACCCUUUCCUGCUUUUAGGUCUACAGGGCACCCCUCCAGAACCUGAUGGAUUUUUUCGUGGGCUGUCGGACUCACCAAAACCUGCCAAGCCUCCAAAGCCUGAAGGUCUUAGUAAGAAGACCAAAUCUGUGCCCCCUCAGAUACCCCAACCUGGCCCUUAUGACAGCAUCGGAGGUGGAGCCUGGGUGAGGAACUUUGCCCACUACGAUGUCCAGAGCAUCCUGUUUGACCUCACUGAGGCAGCCACAAACAGAGACAGCAUUGGACGGAAAAAGAAUAUCACCUCUGGGGCUUCAGCUGCUUCACAGCUGCGUCCCCUGUCCCAUGCCACCCCAUCCUCUCCCACACAAGGAGGGGCCAGCAAUGGGGGCAGUGCAGAUGACCCCGAACAGUCACUGCUUCUGGACGAAGGUGAUGGCAAUGACAACGAGCUCUUGCUCAGCUGUCCCCAUUUCCGUAACGAGACAGGAGGAGAAGAGCAGGUUGGCCUAGGGCGAUCCCAGGGAAGACGAGGCCUGUGGUCGAGCUUGAGAACCCCCAAUGAUGCAGUUUCAGUCCUAGAGGAGCCCAGAGAGAGUAAUGUCCAGCAGCAGGGCAAGAGCAACUACUUUAUUGAACAUGCAGAUCUGGGAGCCCAUUACUAUCGCAAAUAUUUCUACAUGAAAGAACAUCAGAAUUUCUUUGGCAUGGAUGACCGCCUCGGUCCAGUAGCGAUCAGUUUUCGCAGAGAGGAGAAAGAAGGAUCCAGUGGAGCUCAGUAUAAUUACAGAAUCAUCUUUCGCACCACAGAGAUGAAGACACUGCGUGGUUCCAUCUUGGAGGAGUCUGUGCCUUCUGCUGCCCGUCACACAACCCCGCGGGGUUUGUCUCCGAAGAGACUCCUGGAGUUCAUCAUGCCUGAACUGAACCUGCAAUGCCUUCGCUUGGCCUCCAAUUCGCCAAAAGUCCGUGACACCCUGCUGAAGCUGGACGAACAGGGGCUGAAUUUCCAGCGAAAGGUUGGAGUCAUGUACUGUCGGGCUGGGCAGAGCUCAGAGGAAGACAUGUACAACAACGAGAGCUCGGGGCCGGCGUUUGAGGAGUUUUUGGAUCUGCUCGGGGAACGGGUGCGGCUGAAGGGCUGGGAGAAAUACAGAGCACAGCUGGACAACAAGACCGACUCAACCGGAACACAUUCCCUCUACACCCGCUACCAGGACUAUGAGAUUAUGUUUCAUGUGUCCACUAUGCUGCCCUAUACAGCUAACAACACACAGCAGUUGUUGAGAAAGCGACACAUUGGUAACGACAUCGUGACCAUCGUGUUUCAGGAGCCAGGCGCUGUGCCGUUCACUCCAAAAUCCAUCCGCUCCCAUUUCCAGCAUGUCUUCAUUAUCGUCCAGGUUCAUGAACCCUGCACUGACAACACCUCUUACAGGGUGGCUGUGACACGGUCCAAAGACAUGCCAUUAUUUGGCCCACUCUUCCCUAAGGGCGCCCGGUUUCCACGCUCCCCUGCCUUCAGAGACUUCCUCCUGGCAAAGGCCGUGAACGCUGAAAACGCAGCAGAGAAGUCAGAGAAGUUCCGCUCGAUGGCCACCCGCACAAGACAGGAAUACCUGAAAGACCUGGCUGAAAACUAUGUGACCACCACACCCAUCGACUCCUCCACAAAGUUCCCCCUGCUGUCUCUGGGUGGCAAACGCAAAGACAAGCUGAAGGGCGCCAAAGGAGCUGAGCUGCACAGUGCCGGGGCGCUGGUGUGGGCCGUGGUGGUCGAUGGGGAGAGAGGAGAACACAAGCUCCCCUGUCUGCUCGGGGUGUCGGCUGAGUCAGUGGUGCUCAUUGAAAGGUGCACGCGCAGGGUCAUCUUCAACUGCUCCUGUCGCGAUGUCAUUGGCUGGAAGGCAGUGACGGAGACCAAGGAGGCCGGCCCUUCCUUGGAUAUUUUCUAUGAGCGUGGGGAGUCGGUGUCAAUCAGCAUGAUGGAGACCCAGGCCGAGGACAUACGGGAGGUGGUGCAGAGACUUGAGCUGGUUACCAGAGGCUGUGAGGCGCUGGAGGUCACGCCUCUGCGUGAUGGAGUGGGACAGCCCGGUUUUCUAAUGAAUGAGGAGGGAUUCGUGACAGAGCUGCAGCGGUUCUGUUAUGCUGAGAGUGGAGGUUUGCAGCUGUGGGCUCGCGUGGUGCGGCUGUGCGGCCACUCCCUGGUUCACCUGAGCUCAGAGGAGAGGACCAAGCUGCUCCGUACCGCACACAAGAUCCACAUCACGGUCAUCCCACCGGAUGAGAACGGAAAGCCUCGCAGAAGUUUCUCUGAGCUGUACCAGAAAGCCAUCAAAGAUGCAGAGUGUAAGCCGGGCGAGGAUCAGUCUGGAGAGGCCUGGGUGCUGGACGAGAGGGAGGAGCAGGAGGAGUCCCGCCAGGACAUGCUGAAUGCGAGCGAUGGCGAAGAGAUUAACAUAAUGGAGGUACAUGUAAAAGGGGAAGACGGUGAAGAGCAACCGGCGAACAAAGUGCAGCGAUCGCUCCUAACCCCGCCCAACCUCCCUCUGUCACGCGCAACUUCUCUGCAAGACCAUCCAGUCAAUCAGAAGCAAGAGAGCACCACCCCCCCACUCAUACGCAGCUAUUCCUUGGAAAGGCAGCCAUGUUUUAGCGAUACGUUUGAUGGCCAUGUGUAUGACAACAUAAGUCUGAAGGUGGAGCGGCACAUCUAUGAGAACAUUGGGGAGCUGAGGGACGCCACACCCGACCUCAUCCUAGCUGUCAAAACUAAAGAGUCCCUGGAGGACGAGCAGUUUACAGGGGCUGACUUUGGUGAGGAGAAAGCAUCAGUGAGUGAUUCAUCCCUCCUGUCCUCGCGGUUGUCAUGUGUGGACCGUGCUGAAAGAAACUCGCGGGCCCUGAGCCUCCAUAACUCCAUCACCAAAAUUAUCUCAGAGACAACGGAUUCUACAGAAGAGGAGUGGCAGUCUAUCGCUGACCUGGCAACAGCCUGCCGCAGCAUCUUGGAGGCUUUGUCAAGAGAGGACCGCAAAGCAGGAGACACGUCCCAAGCCGGAGCUGAGCAGACAGAUGGCAAACUAAAAGACACAAAGGAGAGUGACUCUCCAGGCCACCUCGAGGAGAAGGUGUCACAGCUGGAAUCCAUGCUGAAGAAGCUACAGGAUGACCUUCAAAAGGAGAAAGAGGACAAAGCAGUGCUGCAGGCCGAGGUGCAGAGUCUCAGGCAGAACAAUCAGCGGCUGCAGGAGGAGUCGCAGACCACAGUGGCCCGCCUCAUCAAAGUCACCGAGCUGCUGUGCAACGUCAACAAACCCUGUUAGCUUCAUCACAAAUCAGCAGGAAAAAAAAAAAAAAUCAUACAUCAUCAUUUUAUACUCAUUUGGAAAUGCAGACAAACAGCGACUCUUCAGUCUGGACUGAAACCCACCAGACCUGCUGAUCGGUGAGGGAGUAUGCAAACCAACUGAAA